GGUGGGUCAUCUUUCUAUCUGUUGUUUCAUUGGUUAAGUAAUAAAGAAACUGCCUUGGCCCCUUUAAUAGGACAGAAAAUUAGGUAGGCGGAGUAGACAGAACAGAAUGCUGGGAGAAAGAAGCCUAGUCAGUGGAGUCGCCAUGAUUCUCCCACUCCAGACAGACGCAGGUUAAGAUCUUUCCUGGUAAGCCAGCUCGUGGUACUACACAGAAUAUUAGAAAUGGGUUAGAUCAAUAUGUAAGAGCUAGCCAAUAAGAGGCCGGAACUAAUGGGCCAGGCAGUGAUUAAAAGAAUACAGUUUCCGUGUUAUUAUUUCGGGGCAUAAGCUAGCCAUGCGGGCGGCCGGGUGCUGGGGACACAGCCCCGCCACUCUUAUUACAACAGAGUGGCACCCAACGUGCUAAUGAACUCCACGUAAAACCUGAGAGGGCUUAAAAAGGACACAGAGAGAAUUUAAGACAGCUUUUUGCUGUUUGUGGGUUGCGUGUGGCAAAGAAAUUGUCCUGACUCAGCAACAGGAAAAAACUGGCUGUUUUAAAAUGCCGGCUUUCUGGGCUGGGCCGCCAUCACAAUCUCUGUCUGGCUCCUGCGGGAGACAGAGUCUUUGAAUGGAGCAUUUGGAGUAAAGAGCUACAGCUUGCUUGAUGACAGUGUGGACUGCUGUGUGCCUGGAACUGUGUGUGACUCAGGGGCACCAAAUGGUUCUGAUGCAGGAGCAGCUCAGCUCCACCAUGCUGAACUCUGCUGGUCUCAGGCAGGAACUACCGUAAUUACCAUAAUAACAGCGCAGUUAAGGUUUAGACUGGGCAGGACACAGGCAGUACCAUAAUACCUCUAAAUGGUGCAACUUAAGUUUUUGAGAAUUGCUUAACAUUUUAAGAAAUGCUCCUGGAUAGUAAAAAAAAAAUUACAGAUUCACAAUAGAACUGAUUCAGACACUGUUGGAUGAAUGUACGUAGGCUUGAGAGAGAGAAAAAAAAAUAUAUAAAGAAUAAAGUUAAUGUCUUAAAAAAAAGGGUAAAGUCUUUAAAGAGACAGAGUAAAAGAAAUAAAGAAAAAUAAGCCACGUAAAAAUGGAAAAUUCACAGAGAGUCUGGAUUCUUUGUAUUAUUGUGUUUUCUUUAAAAUUUUUGACUGUAAAGGAGCUAAGUACAGAGAGAGAUUUCAUUAUAUGGGCUGCCAAGCUAAACCAGAAUGGAUACAAAGGUAUUAUGAUUUCAGAAUAUGGGUCUAAGGAUAUGAUGCUUUGGAGAGGGUCUUCUUUUGUUUUCACAGAGGAUGCGACCCUGUGGAUUUCGUCUAUCCCAAUAUGGUAUGACAGACCACGCCCUCCUGAAAGGUUGCUGUGAACACCUUCAGAAAAUUACUUAUUCAACUGCCGACUGAGAUGACCCUGACACACAGGUUACACCAUGAAAGAUCUGAAUACAGCGCCCCCAUUCAGCAGGAAGCAGUUUGGAGAGAAAAAACUGCGCCCAUGUUCCCAAAUAUUGUUUAUGAAUAUUCUUUUACAUUUAAAGGGGGAUAUGAUAUAGAUAUGAAUAAUUUGCAUUGGCAUGGAUUUUAAGGUCAAUUUUGUUAUAUGUAUGUGUAUUUCUGCUCUUGAUUAAGGUAUUGUGAUUAUGUAGUUCAUUUAAAAAUGUAAUGUAUAAUUAGGAAAUAUAGGUUGUUAAUGGAUAAUCAUUGAUAAUAGUCAAGCUUGUAGUCAUGUUAGAUUUUCUAGAUAUGCAUAGAUAUAUUUCAGAUAGGCAUUCUUCAUAUCUUUCAAAGACUGCAGAAUAUGGCAUUUAAUGUUUUAAUAAUUUAGGGCUUUUCAUGACAAUGAGACACGUCUGCUCCUGGCAGCACCAAUCUACUUCAAGAGGAAGAUGGGCACCAAAGAGGCUCCUUAAGGAGUUUGAUAGCCAUUUGGGCAAGAAACUGCUCUUGCAUGGACUGAUGCAUAAACUGGAUACAAAGAACCCGCAGAGAAAGGACUGCUGAACUUGCCUAAAGCCAAACACCAUGUCAGUGGCAACAGAACGGUUGAACCUUUCCCAGAGGGAACACAGAUGGCUGUAUUUGGAAUGGGCUGCUUCUGGGGGGCUGAGCGCAAGUUCUGGCUCUUGAAAGGCGUGUAUUCAACCCAAGUGGGCUUCGCAGGAGGCUACACGCGCAAUCCCACCUACAAAGAAGUCUGCUCAGAAAAAACCGGCCAUGCAGAAGUCGUCCGGGUUGUGUACGAGCCAGAGCGCGUCAGCUUUGAGGAACUGCUCAAGGUCUUCUGGGAGAAUCACGACCCGACCCAAGGCAUGCGCCAAGGCAAUGACUACGGCACCCAGUACCGAUCGGCAGUCUAUCCCACCUCCAGUGCACAGAUGGAAGCAGCCCUGAGAUCCAAGGAGGAAUACCAAAAGGUUCUUUCAAAGCACGGCUUUGGCCCCAUCACCACCGACAUCCGAGAAGGACAGGAGUUCUAUUACGCCGAAGACUACCACCAGCAAUACUUGAGCAAGAACCCGGAUGGCUACUGCGGCCUUGGGGGUACUGGGGUGUCCUGCCCAGUGGGCAUUAAAAAAUAAUCUCUCUCCCCGAAGUUGGCCCUGGAGGCUCCAGCAAAACCAUGGCUGCUGGAUGGAACGGUACUGCUGAGAUUCACAUCAAUCAACCAACUUCUAAAGAGCGCACACCACACAGGCAUUGGCGGGAAGCUGGUCACUAUUGGGGUUUGAUUUACAGGAAGUGCUAUGACAAGCUGACAGAUUGUAAUUUGUCUUCUGAUCAUCCCGGGUGGGGGUAGAGCAUGAUAUUUUGGUGGCUCAUUUGGGAUCUAACUGGAGGUAAUGAAUGCCCUGUGUCCAGCUGCUUGGGCUCGAAGGUUCUGAGCAGGGAGACGGUUGGGAGGGCGCAGGGUACCGGGACUCCUUGGUCUAUGCUGAUGUACCUCACCCACUCCCCUGCGCUCAGGUGCCUAACUCAUUAAUUCUGCAGGCUCCAUGAAUCAUUUGCUAUAAUGCUUUGCUCAGCUGACCCUAGAUGUGUGUAAGGGGUUGCUCUCCCUCCUCCCUCCUCUUCUGGUAGAGAAAAAACAUGAAUGACCUUAAUGAAAUCUAACAUUGUGCUUACAGCUAUGGAAAAGCUUGUUCUAAUAAAAAUCAACACUUUGGUAAUA